UGAAAACAGCGAAGGAGAAAUAACUGGUCAACUCGCGAUAAAGUAACACACAAGUCCAAUUUCUCGCUCUCUCCUUCUAACAGUUAGAUGAUGGAGGGCAUGGAAUCGACGUCGGUUGCGACCGGGCAUUCCGGUAACGAUCCCGAGGAUCCUGAAAAGUCACCUCCCGGUUCCCCUAAUUCCUCCACUCGGAAGGCUUGCUAUGCUGUUCUACAAAGUUGGGUUUCAAAGAAGUUCAUGACGGGAUGUGUGGUUCUUUUUCCAGUAGCUGUCACUUUUUUUGUCACCUGGUGGUUUAUUCAGUUUGUUGAUGGUUUCUUCAGUCCCAUAUAUGAAAGACUUGGGGUUGACGUAUUUGGUCUUGGAUUUUUGACAUCAUUGAUUUUCAUCAUCUUUGUGGGUAUUUUUGCUUCAUCAUGGUUGGGUGCCACCAUUUUCUGGAUUGGAGAAUGGUUUAUUAAGAAAAUGCCCUUCAUGAAGCACAUAUAUUCAGCGUCCAAGCAAAUUAGUGGAGCUAUUUCUCCAGAUAAAAAUAUCAGUGCUUUCAAGGAGGUAGCCAUAAUCCGUCAUCCACGAGUUGGUGAAUAUGCAUUUGGUUUUAUUACAUCAACAGUUGUUCUCCAGAGAGAUAGUGGAGAUGAGGAACUAUGCAGUGUUUAUGUUCCAACAAAUCAUUUAUACAUUGGAGACAUAUUCCUAGUCAAUUCCAAGGAGAUCAUAAGGCCUAAUUUAUCGAUUCGAGAAGGAAUAGAGAUAAUUGUGUCGGUUGGAAUGACAAUGCCACAAGUUAUUUCGCCAUUGUCAACAUCUCAUCGUCUGAAUGAGAGGAUACCCUUAAACAGAAUGAUGUGAGCAAAUGAAAAUUUGGAUGUAUUUGUCGACUCUUUCAACAUACAUUAUAUUUGAUUGUAUUGUAAAUACAAUAAUGAUUAAUUUCCCUACUCUACUAGGUUUUGAUUUGUUAAGAAAAAGUUUAACAUUUCUUGC